AUGGGAAAAUUCCGCGCUAGUAACAUCCUGGGUGACCCCUUCGCACUUGCGACUCUGUCUAUCUCCAUUCUAGCAUGGCUGAUUGCAUUCGUCUCCUCUGUUAUCGCCGAUAUUCAAUCAGACUAUCCAAACUACUCUUGGUGGGCCAAUUCAUAUAUGUUUUGUGUCAUCGUGGGGUUAAUUGUGGUCUUUGGCACCGAUACGUGCAAUGUCUAUGGAGUUGCGAUUGUGGGAUAUCUCGGAUGUGGUCUUGUCCUAUCUUCCUUGAGUGCAAACAACUUGGUUUACGAUAGCCAAGGGUCUCAACAAGCUGCUGGAGCAGGCUUCAUUCUGCUCUCGAUGGUCAUUAUCAUCUGGAUCUUCUACUUCGGCUCUUCACCCCAGGCUACCCACCGCGGUUUUAUCGAUUCAUUCGCCCUGAACAAGGAGCUGCCUGGAACCAGCGAUUACCGCGACAGCCAAUUCAACAGCAGUGCAUACAGCACCAACCGCCCAGAAGUUCGGGCCACAAGUAACACUCCACAAAUGUACACAUCUGCCCAGCUGAACGGCUUUGAAAGUACAUCUACCCCCGUGUCUGGAUAUCCCGGUGGAAACCCCGGAGAUCGCAACUCAACACAACCUCGAUUUGGAGCCACCCCAAGCCCAGGCCCAGCCGCCAAUAACGGCCAAGAGGGCGAAGUACCUCAACCGACCGAUUACCCGUAUCGGGCGAAGGCAAUUUAUUCGUACGACGCAAACCCUGAAGAUGCCAAUGAGAUUAGCUUUGCCAAGCACGAGGUUCUUGAAGUGUCCGAUGUCAGUGGCCGAUGGUGGCAGGCUCGGAAAUCAAAUGGAGAGACUGGCAUUGCGCCGUCCAAUUAUCUCAUCUUGUUGUGA